AUGAUUCCUGAUGACGUGUUAUUCGUUUCGGUUGCGUCAAGCUCGCUUCCGAAGGCUCGGCUACAUGCCGUAAGAGUCGGCAGUAAUCCUCCUAUCGUAAUGUUAGCGCCGGAGAAAACCUUGGAGUGUCCGUACAAUCCUGCUCAUCAGAUUAGAAGCGAUGUAUUCCAGCGGCACCUCAUUAAAUGUGCGAAAAAUCACCCAGGGGUUGAGUUGGAGACGUGCCCUUUAAACUUAUUGCACAGGAUCAAAAAGGGAUAUAUGGCAGAACACAUGCAGAUUUGCCCGGAUCGGACUCAAUUAGAACGACACGUGAUGGAGUCUCUCGGCAUCUACACAGAGGAUAUCAUGGCCCAUUUAUUAGCAGUCGUCGUCGCGGCAUUUCUGAUUUCCGCUGUGAUCUCUCCGGCUCAGAGCGUAGCAGUCAUGAGUAUUGAUCUUGGUUCUGAAUGGAUGAAAGUUGCGGUAGUCUCCCCCGGAAUGCCAAUGGAAAUCGCGUUAAACAAGGAAUCAAAACGAAAAACUCCAGUUGCCGUUGCAUUCCGCGACGGCGAACGUGUGUUCGGCGAAGACGCGCAAAACGUUGGAAGUAGAUUUCCGAAACAGGCUUACAUAUAUCUCCUCGAUGUACUCGGUAAAACCCCGGACAAUCCGCUCGUUCAGCAGUUCCUGAAACGGUUUCCUCAGUAUGAGAUCGUCGCUGAUCCUGAAACUGGCUUGGCCGUGUUCCGACACGAUGAAAACACUCUUUACAGUCCCGAAGAACUCAUCGCUAUGAUACUGAACAAGGGUCGUGAAUAUGCCCAAGAAUUCGUGGAGCAAAAACCGAUCAAAGACGUGGUCAUCACGGUGCCGGCGUUUUUCAACCAAGCGGAACGCCGCGCUAUGCUCCGUGCCGCUGAACUUGCGAACUUGAAGGUUUUACAGCUCAUCAACGACAACACGGCAGCUGCACUCAAUUAUGGGAUUUUCCGUCGCAAGGAAUUCACCGAAACCCCGCAACGUAUUCUUUUCUUCGACAUGGGAGCGUCAUCUACAGUUGCCACUGUUGCUUCAUACCAAAUUGCGAAAACCAAGGAACGAGGAUUUGUGGAAACGAAUCCGCAGGUAUCAAUCAUUGGGAUAGGCUACGACAGGACACUCGGUGGACUCGAGAUGCAGUUGAGACUUAGAGACCAUUUAGCAAAUGUAUUCAACUCUCAAAAGAAGACUCCAAAUGAUGUUUUCAAGAAUCCGCGUUCAAUGCAGAAGCUGUUCAAGGAAGCUGGUCGACUGAAGAACGUUCUCUCGGCAAAUUCGGAUCACGUUUCUCAGGUUGAAGGUCUGCUGGAUGAACAGGAUUUCAGAGCCCCGGUUACACGGGAUGAAUUCGAAACUCUCUGCGCCGAUUUGUUCGAGCGUGUGGCACAACCUCUUAAAGACGCCGUCUCAUCCGCCGGCUUAUCCCUCGAACACAUUGAUCAGGUGAUCCUCGUCGGUGCCGGAACCCGUGUGCCAAAAGUACAGGAAAAAAUUCAUCAAUACGUCUCCAAGGAACUCGGCAAAUCUCUCAACACGGAUGAAGCCGCCGCUAUGGGCGCAGUUUAUCGCGCCGCCGACCAAAGCCCAGCCUUCAAAGUGAAAAAGUUUGUUGUGAAAGAUGCAGUAAUCUACCCUGUUCAAGUGGACUACGUUCGCGAAGUAACGAAUGAAGACGGGACAGUGAGUUCGAAGACCGUGCGAUCCUCUCUCUUUGGUCCCAUGAAUCCGUAUCCUCAAAAGAAAAUCAUGUCCUUCCGGAAACACGUCGAUGAUUUUUCGUUCAACGUGAACUAUGGUGACCUGUCGCAUCUCCCAGCAUCUGACGCGGCAAAUCUGGGUUCCCUGAACAUCUCGGAAGUGAAGAUAUCCGGAGUAUCAGAUGCGAUAAACAAGCACUCAGCUAAUCAAGCCGAAGGAACAUCCGUGGACAUGAAGGGUGUCAAGGCCCACUUCGUGCUGGAUGAAAGUGGCGUGGUUCGUUUAACCUCUGUGGAAUACGUCAUUGAGAAAACAGAGACGAAGAAGCACGACGCCGAAUCGCCUUUGAGUCGACUCGGAAACACAAUUAGCGCCUUUUUCUCUGGUGGAAAGGAAGAAAAUGAAGCCGGGGCGGAAACAGAAGCUCCGUCAUCCGACGCCCAACCAAAGGAAAAUGCCAGCGCUUCAACAAACGAAACCGUGGCAAAUGCGGAGACAAAAACCAAUGCCACGUCCGACGGGAAGCCGGUAGUUUCCAACAUUAAAGAGACCCUGAAAAUUCUGGAAAUCCUUCGUGACGUGGUGGAACCGUCUGCAGAAUCUCUGGAAACCCGCGCGAAGCGUCUAGAAGAACUCAACGCCGCGGAUAACAAAAGACACGAGCGAGAAGCCGCCAGGAACGCUCUGGAAAGCUUCGCCCUCGACGUGCAAGACAAGUUCACGCAGGAAGAAUUCGAACGCGCCACGACGUCUGAAGAACGCGAUAUCGUCCUUGCGGAAUGCUCUACAGUUUCCGACUGGCUCUACGAAGACGGAUUCGACGCCGAGGCAACGGAAUUCCGGUCGCGUUUGUCAUCUCUUAAAUCAAAAACGGCGGCAAUUUUCGACCGCGUCGCCGAACACGCACGGCGUCCCGAAAUGCUUGAGUACCUGGAAACCUCUGUCGCGUCCUCGAAAAACUUUUCCGCGGAAGCCAAGGCUAUGAAGGAAGAGCUCUUCACUAAAGUCGAACUCGAGACAUUGGAUAAGUUGAUCACGGACACAGAGAAAUGGCGGGAUACGAAACUGGCUGAACAGGACGCCCUGGCUCUGACUUCGAAGCCCGUGUUGACGUUGUCGAUGAUCGCGGAAAAGAUGCAAGCGUUGGAUCGAGAAAUCAAAUACCUGGUCAACAAGGGGAAAAUCAACGCCGCUCGAAAAGCCGAAGAAAUUGCUGCGAAGAAAGCCGAAGAAGCCAAGAAGAAAGCCGAGGCUGACGGAUCAAACGUUGCGGACGAAGCCAAGAAGGUCGACGACGCGUUUAAACUGCCGCCUAAUCUGUUUGAUCCGAGCAAAAUGACUCCUGAUCAGAUGGAACUGUUGAAGUCCAUGUUGGACGAGAAGUUGAAGGAGAAUCCGGAAUCGGCAAAGGUUUUCGAACAAGUGCUCAAAGCCACGGAGAAGUUGGAUCUUCCGUUGAAGGAGCCCGAAGUUCCGAGUCCUCUACCGCAGGCAGAUAAAGUGUCGAAAACUGACGCGUCGGAGUCCGAAGUGAACCAUAGCGAAUUAUAACAGUGAACGAUCCGUAUUAUCUAGGACAUUGUUUUCAAUUAGAUAGGCUUUGUUUUUCCUCUCAGCAGAAAAUGCCCCUGUGGUCUUGGGUGUGAUAUGUUCGAGAACUGUCUCAAAUUUUUCGUACGGGUGUAUCCGCGUGAAGCUCUCAACUCUGGCGUUCCUCGUGAAGUCGUCCACUCUUUCUUGAUACUGUAAUCUGUCCUACCGCGAAAAGUGUCUCCAGUUGAAAUUGUCCGAAUGUCACGCAACACUUUUUUUUCAGCGUAAAAAUGUUUCGUUGUAGUGAAUUUUAGUGUAUCCUUAAGAAUCUUAUUCUUGUCUUUGUAAUUGCUGAAGAAUCGGGUUGGACCGGGAAAGCUUUCGGGAAGUGUCCCGAGUUGAAAGGAUCUGAAGGUCCGUGAUUUUAUUUGUUCAAUCGUCGAAGAGAUUGUUGAAUGUAGACUAAUUUCAUGACAUGAGGGACAUGCAGUACAGUACUUUUAGGACUUGUUUUUCACUGAAAUUCUUAAUGCCGCGAAUGUUUUUUUAUUUCUUUGAGUCAAUAAAAUAGAGGACUGGGUUCAGACACUUUUCGUGGCCGGAAGGUUUACCCAGUCUCGGUGGUUGUGACGUUGUUUUUUGAAGGACACCGAGUUGACUGCUUGAAGGUGUAAUUUCUUCAUUCUGUUCUUGUUCUUGCCCGAGAUCUCGGAACCAAAGCGCGCUCUGACCCGCAUUCCUUGUUGUGUUGUUUUGUUCUUGAGUCUUGAUUAUUUGAAGUUCCAAGCUUGCUCUGAUGACUCGAGAUGCGUUGCAGAAGUGUGGACCGAUGGAUCAUGAAAAAUGUGCACUGUGCAUCAACAUAAGGGCUCCACGGGGAUUAUGCACUCCUUGAGUAAAUUUUGAAUCCUGUAAAGCUGAACGAAGUCGGAUUUGUGCAUUCCGAAAUAGCUUUGUUCCAAAAGUUUUAGUGCGGUGCGUCGUGCCCACCAAAUUUCACGUGUGCGUCUUGCCCAUAUAUUUCUAUAAUUUGCGAAGAAGGGAUUACGGCCUACACAACUUUGAAUGCGUUUAAGCUGAGCUGGAAGUUGUUCCGAAAUUUAUUUUGCUGUGCGUGUGGUACUCAGAUGAUCAGUUAUUGACUUCGAAACUCACCCUGUCCCAUUUUUUUUGCCCUUCUAAUGUCCUAAUAUCUCGAUUCCUGACGCGACUCUAAGUUGUUAGAUCCCUUGCCUUAUUUUGCAUUUUUCGUGUAAUUUAUCCUAUUGUUGUGUAAACAGGGGAUUAGUUGUAAUCAAAAGGAAUACUUUCACCAAGAGCCACUGACACUUUUAUUUAUCACGAAUCUCAACAAAGAAAUACAAGUUCACAGAAGAGGGAAAAUGAUUCCAUCUCUAUGAAACUAAUUUCUUCUUUAAUCUAAGCCUGAUCAAUCGAGAUUUAUAUUAUAAAUUAUAUGCUAGACUUGCACCAAAGUUUCUCACGUGACGAAAUCGUGCUCUUUUGUUGUGUACCCGGAGUCAACAUUUUUUUUUACUGCAACGUCAUCAUUUUCGUGCAGUUAACUGAAGGCCUCGAGUUCAUCAUAACAGUUGAUACUUUCAUGAGUUGAAUUCUUGCUUUCAUGAAUCUUUCUCGUGAAGUACGGGAGAUCACUCGUCAUCUUCAUGGAAGUAAUGAUGUCGAUUCGUGCAGAAAAUGAAGGUGUGAUUCAUUUUCCAGCGCGUUCUGUGGAAUCUUUGAAUCGUGAUUGUCAGAUUUUAUGGCUGUUGUAAAAACAUCUCGUGCAUGUGCGCGAUUGCGAUUUAAAAUUGGUUUGUGCAUUGACUUUUCAGACGCUUCAUUUACUGUAGAAAUGUAUAGUGUGUAAGAACCUUCCAAUUCGUUGCAGAGCAUUAUAUCGUUUUAUUCAUGGGUCCUCACUUCUGGAAUGCGUCUGAGUGUGCGGAAGAGGUCGCCUCUUCAUCAGUUGUGAACUUCGUCGAAUUUCUGUCAGCGGAAGACAGUUUCAAGCAUCUGCGAAAUCGAAAGUUUUCAAUUCAAUAAUUUCUCGCGAGAUUGAAAAAGGAGGACUCGGCUUUGUGUGCAUACAUUACAAUUUUGAAGUGUUUUUUUUUCUGUCGUUCCCGUCGCUGAGCUUUGGAACUGGACAUUUUUGUCCACGUUUUCGUGUUUCUUUCCUUGUCGUAUCGUGACCCUGUCCGACAAUUGCGUUGGAACUUGAGUCCGGAAUCGUGGAUGUGAUAAAAAGAGAGGAAAAACUUGGCUGCGCGUUCAUGGAAAAAGACCCGCACGUGGAUUUGGAAGGAAAAUUAAUGGCGGAGGUCACUCAGGCUUUGUUUUAUUGAUGUUGGUCCAGCAUUGAAUUUUAUUUUGGAAUGCACCGAAUUUUUUCGUGUAAUUGAUUUUGCGUUUUUUUUCCUUCACUUGUGCGUGUCCUGGCGUGCAUUGAUCGGGGUUUUUUGUGGAAGGUGGAAAUUUGGGUGAGCCCGGUUUUUUCUUUCGAUUCUGCGCUGAUGGGUCGAUUUCUGUCGCGUAGUGGAAGUAAAGCGAUGUUGUUGAAAGCA